UUGAAUAGAAACCUUUCCUGCCCGUCAUUGGACACAAGGGUGAGACGCGUGGUGCGGUUCCUUGGUGUGUCAUACCAUAAGAUUAGCGACUUUUCUGAUGACCGUUCCGAACGAGAUCGUUUCGGUCCUAUUAAUUGCGCGCUGAAAGCAUCGUCUUCCCGCUCCAUUUCCGUUUCAAAUACUGUUGCGGCUUACGAAAGAGGGUCUCUCGCCUCGCCGCCCCUGAUCGAAGUUUUGAGAAGAUGAGCUAUUACAACCAGCAGCAGCUUUCCAUCGGGGUCCUUCCUUCCCAAGGAUAUCUGCCAGAGAAGUACCCGAAAGACGCCUAUCUGCCGCAGGGGUACCCGCUGGCUGGCUACCCGGAUACCCUUCACUGUACGCUCAGACGCCCCCCAGCAGUCAAUCAGCCGGCCUUCCGUCAUGGAAGGAUGGUUUCAGAACUCCUUCAUGUUCGCUUGCCCAAGCUAUGUUGUGUGGAUUGAGAAGCCUCAAAAGAGUCGACAAGUCAUGGUCACCGAAGGCAUCGAAGAAGAAGAAGGCCGACAAGAACCCGUACUCGACGCGAGGCCUCGACAAGUUCGCCGCCGUGCUUGCUGACCUCGAGAACCGAAGGGCCAAGAUCAUGGCGAACGCUGGACCGCAGGAUGCGUCGACGUCGGUCUGGUUCAUGUAUUCGGAGUCCAGUGAGUGUGUGCCGAUCUUGUUAAGACACAACGAUCAUAUGAGCCGGCAGCCGAUGCCGCCGGCGGUGACUCACGCCGCCGAUGAAGACCUCAAGGAAGUCAUACCGCUCGUGGGUUCUAAGGAUGAGAAGGAAGUCAUCAAGGAGAUGGUUGCAGUAUCGGAGAGGGAGGUGAAGAAACGAUGGUCAUGGAGGGACUGGAGGCCAAGCUACUAUUGGCCUCUGGUGAUGGUGACGGUGCUGAUACUGUUCUGCUUGUUGAUGUUUGGAAGAGUGUUUGCCAUAUGCUGCACCUCGAUAUGGUGGUACAUGGUGCCCACAAUGCAAGGAGAAGGUAAGGCUCAGAGGAGAAGGGUGAAGAGGAAGAAGGAUGACAGGCGGAUGAGUGAGAAGAGUUUGGUGGUGGCACCUUCCUCCUACCAGGACAAGAAGGUGGAGAGGACAUGCAAGUGAUCUGGAAGACCUUCAUUGAUUCUUGGUCGUAAAUAUUUUUUCCCCGUUUUUCGAUCAUUAUGUGAUUACUGAUGUAAAUUAUCUUUCUGGAUGAUGGGUUUGAUCGGGAAGAAAUAUCCAAGCUCAUCAUCUUCGGAGUUGGUUUUUGGGAUUGAGAUCUCAAUAAUGAUGUUCUUGGUUUGUGAU